AUGGUAUCAGAUCAGCCAACUCGGGCUCCCAUUGUACACUUGCCCACGCCAUCGGGACACAUCCAAACGGUGAUCGGCAAGAGAUCAGUAAUCUCAGAGGAGAUUGACGAGUUUCGUGGUAUACCGUAUGCCCAGGUAUCGCGAAGAUGGGAGCAUGCUCGUCUUCGAGAUCGAUUACCGAGUGAUAUUUUUGACGCUACGGAGAAUGGUCCCCGAUGUCCGGCGCCCGAGGGUGACACACGAUUGUUUCAGUCAUAUUUGCCGUUUCCAGACGUUGGCCAGGAUGAGUUUGAAUGCUUGAACCUCUUCGUUGUGCGCCCGAGCACGGCAGCACUUGCAAUGCACAGCAUUGAUGCAGAGACGACCCAGCUGCCUGUGCUCAUUUGGAUCCAUGGUGGUGGUUUCAAAGACGGCGCGGGAACCGAUCCAGUAUGGGAUCCUGCUCGACUUGUACUUCGCUCCCUCCGUAACAAAACGCCUUUCAUCGCCGUGUCUAUCAAUUAUCGUCUCGGCAUAUUUGGUUUCUGUGGCUCAUCCGAUAUAAUUGCGUCGCAAAGCAGUGAUGCCCCUAUCAGGGGUUUAAACUUUGGGCUCUACGACCAGAAACUUGCUUUCAUGUGGGUGAAGCACAACAUUGCUGCAUUUGGGGGAGACAACGCCAAAAUCACAAUCAUGGGCCACUCUGCUGGCGGAAUAUCAUGCCAUCUUCAUCUCAUCGAGGCUGAGUUAGGCACGAAGAGGACGCUUUUUCGAAAGGCUGGUGUGCUCUCUGGCCCUGUCGGUGGCCUUGAUCUAACAUCUCUGGAGAAGGCUGACCGGCGUUGGACGAACCUCUGCCGAUUUUGGUCAGUCGAGGCCGAUAGUCCUGCUGUCCGUCUAGAUUUUCUGAGAAGGUUACCAACAAAGAAUAUACUUGGAUGCGUUGCAGAGCUUCAUUGGGCACUGUUUACAUUGAUUGUCGAUGAGUGGACCAUUCGCCAAAGCGACGUGGGUUGCGGCGUUUCCAUACACCUUGGGGAAACGAGCGGUGAACUCCGGGAGUCUGACGACAAGGUUCAACUCUUGAUAAGUGCAGCUGACGACGAAUUCAAAGAUUUUGCUCUCAUCGCCAAUGAAGACUUCGCCAAAUUUCGCUCCCUUCUCACCUCGAGUUACCCCUCAGAGGCAGCAGCCGAGGAGAUUCUUCAGACGUAUGGCAUUUCUUCUACACUGCCCGAUGAAGAAUUCACUGAGAAGUUCUCUCAAUUUGUAUGCGACAGCACAUUGAUGCACAAAGUAUACCGUGGGUACAAAUUCUUCAAGACCCAUCGUGAGCAGCAAGCAUUGCUCCACGGCCAGGAUCCCAAACAACUCGGUCUCCAGUACCACCAUUAUGAAUUUGGUAAUCCCUUUCUAGGACCUCUGCGAGGAACUGCGCAUCAUGGCGUCGAAUUGAUCUACGCCUUUGGCAAUUUUCACCAUGCGCUGGAGAAGACUGACCAGGGAAUCCUGCAAGGCUAUGCCGACCCGGACCAAGCCCAUAUGGAAGCUGAUGUUGGCAAACUCCCAGUGGACAUGAAAAGUAUUGAAUACCAAAAGUCCAACAUUGAGCUCAGCAAUGAAAUGCAGGAUAAAUGGAUUCAAUUCGUAGCACAGGAUUGUGCACAGACUGGCCAGUGCGCAAAUGUUGAUGACAUCACAACAUUCUGUGCCGACCGCUCCGUGCGUAUGGAGAGUUGGUCUAAUGACGAGAAAUGGGCAACGAGAAGGAACCGGCUGGAGGCUCUAAGUAAGCAGUUCGAUUCUACAACUAUUGCCACACAAAGGCUCGUCGGAAGCGUUAUUGGCAUGGAGCUGUAG